AUGAAGUUCUCUGCUGUCACUCUUCUCACCCUUGCCACUGGCAUCCUCGCCGCUCCCGUCGCCGAGGCCAACUACGAUGUUUCGUACUCCAACUACGAGGCUCCCAAGGCCCCCAAGCCUCACUAUGAGAAGCCCAAGCCUAAGCCUUACCACGAGAAGCCCAAGCACGAGUAUCCUGCUCCCAAGCCUCACCACGAGAAGCCCAAGCCCAAGCCUCACUACGAGAAGCCCAAGACUCCCAAGUACCAGGCUCCCAAGCCUCACCACGAGAAGCCUAAGCCUAAGCCUCACCCCAAGCCGACCUAUGAGGCUCCCAAGCCUGUGAAGCCCAAGUACACCAAGCCCAAGGCCCCCAAGCCUCACAAGCCUGAGUAUACCAAGCCCAAGUAUGAGGCCCCCAAGCCUGCUCCUAAGCCUCACAAGCCCGAGUACACCAAGCCUAAGGCCCCCAAGCCCCACAAGCCUGAGUACACUGCUCCCAAGCCUCACCACGAGAAGCCCAAGCCUGCUCCCAAGCCUACCUACAAGGCCCCCAAGCCCGCUCCUAAGCCCCACAAGCCUGAGUACACCAAGCCCAAGACUGAGAAGCCCAAGCCUGCUCCUAAGCCUGAGUACAAGGCUCCCACCUACCAGGCUCCUCACUACUAG